AUGAGUGUAUUUUCAAUUACUUAAGCAACUUAAGAGCUUUAUGAUUAUCCGAUUAUUGGAAUUGAUUUAGGAACAACUUACUCAAGUGUUUGCAUUUAAAGUAAUGAUAAAGUUGUUAUAAUUCCAAAUGAGUAUGGAUUUAAAUCAACACCUACGGUUGUUGCUUACAAUACUACGUUCUUAGUCGGAGAAGAAGCUAAAGAAUAGGCUCUUAUUAAUCCAAUGAAUACAUUUUAUGAUCUCAAAAGAUUAAUUGGAAAAGAGUAACUAUAUGAAUUAAUUAUAGUUAUUUUGAUCCAAAUGUGUAGAAGCUUAAGAAAAAUUUACCCUUUACUUUAAUUAACGAAAACAAUACAAUUUGUAUUAAAGUAUUGUAAUAUAAAAAUGAAGGUGAAAAGAUAUUUAACAUUGAUUAUAUUCAAGCAAAGGUUUUAACAAAAUUGAAAAAUAUGGCUAGUGAUUAUUUAGGAUUUCCAAUACAACAUGCAGUCAUAACAGUUCCUAUUGGUUUUAAUGAUAUUUAAAAAUAAGCCACAAUAGAUAUUGCAGAAAUUGCAGGCUUAAAAGCUGUUAGAAUUAUUAGUGAGCCAAAUGCUGCUGCAAUUGCUUAUGGUAGGGACUAUGUAACAAGAGAAACAAACAUUUUUGUUUUUGAUUUUGGAGGUGGCACUUUAGAUAUUACAGCAAUGAAAGCAACAAAAUACAAGUUUGAAGACUUACAACAUUCAUCAGAAGUGAAUUUAGGAGGAGAAGAUUUUGAUUUCAAUGUAGUCGAAUACUUAAUCAAAUACAUAAAAGAUACUGCUAAAAUAGACCUAUAACAUAAUAAAAAAGCAAUUUAAAUAUUAAAAAUAGAGGCUUAAAAAGCUAAAGAAGUACUUUCUAUGUAGAAUAUUGCACAUAUAAAAAUACCUAAUUUGAUUGAAGGAUAUGAUUUUUAUUAUAGUCUUACAAAGGAAUAAUUUGAAGAGGUGAAUCAAGUACUUUUUGAGAGGGUUGUUUCUGCUAUAAAGUCAACAUUUGUAGUCAAUAAUUUAUAAAUAAAAGAUAUAGACGAAGUUAUUUUAGUAGGAGGAAGUAGUAGAAUUCCAAAAGUCUAAGAAAUUGUUGAGACAAUAUUCGUAAACAGUAAGAUCAUUAAAGAUAGAUUAUAAGAUGAAUUGGUUUGUAUUGGAGCUGCUAUUGUAGCAAAUUCGCUCACUAAAUAAUCAAAAAAACAUUAUCAAUUUGUAGAAAUUAUGAAGACUUAAAUAAGCUAUGGUAUCGAAACUUUUUAUGGGCAAAUGAGCAUAAUUAUACCUAGACUGUCUAAAUAUCCAUUAAGUUUGUCAAGAUUUUACACUACUAUUGCUGAUUAUUAAUCUAAAAUCGAAAUUAAAGUUUUUUAGGGAGAAAACAAGUUUACAGAGUGGAAUGAAGAAAUUGGAAAAUUUGAAUUAGAUGGUAUUCAAAAAGCCAAAAAAGGGAUACCUGAAAUUUAAAUAACUUUUGCACUUAAUUAAAAUGGAAUGCUUACAGCUUAGGCCAUUGAUUUAAAUACGAAAAGCUCAAGCUAAGAAACUAUUAACAUAAAAAAUUUGGUGGGAAUUUCAUAUGAAGAAAUUAGUAACCUUAGGAAAGAGAAUGAGGAAGAAGAAAAAGCAGAUGAAGAGCGGAUUUUAUCAAUAAGUAGGUUAAAAUCUUAUCAUAAGGACUUUCUUAAUGAACUAAAAGUUAUAUUUGAUUAAUAUACGUUAGUAAUCCAAAUUCAACUCUGCAUUAGAUGAGUCGCAAUAAUAAGAAAUAUAAGAAGUUCUCAAUACUAGUUCUAAAUGGUUAGAAGAAAAUAGAUAUAACCCUUAAACUUCAAUUGAAGAAUUUUAAAAUGAACUGCAAAAUCUUAGGAAGUAAGAUAUAAAAUUUAUUUAGUUCAUUGAAUAAAAUCUUAAGGAGAUAAAGUGACCUAUGAUAAUUAGUUCAAUUAUAAAAAUUUAAUUACAAUAAAAAUUGAAUAUCUUAUAAUUAAGAUUUUGAAGUUUGUAAAGUUUAAUUACUC